CAAGAUCCUGGAGGAAGAAAAGGUGUAGUGUUUGGCUGCUGCUGACUUGGCAAGGCUGGCCUCUACAGAACAGGUUAUACCCAAGGGGGCCCAUUUGUCUAAAGUGGAAAGAUAAGACCAGAGGCAAGAUCUCCAUGUAGCAGGAGAAUGGAUUUGGGAACUACUGACCUGCUGGACGUGUGGCUGGAGCCUCCAGAAGAUGUGUUCUCAACAGGAUCCUUACAGGAGCUGGGGUUCCACUGUCCAGUGCUGGAAGCCCCAGCAACUAGGCUCCAAGAGCAGGGGCUGCAAGCUUGGGAAUCCAGUGGGGACCACGGUUUUGGCAUUCAAGAAAGUGAGUCUGAAGAUUUCCUGAAGCUUCUCAUCGAUCCCAAUGAAGUGUACUGCACGAAAAAAUCCCCGGGUAGUGACAGCGGCGUCUUGGAAGAUCCUAGCCAUCCAGAGAGCCCACCUGCCCCCAUAGCACCUGCUUCCCCUGCCCUUUAUGAGGUUGUUUAUGAAGCAGGGACUCUGGAGAGGCUGCAGGGAGAAGCUAGGCCAGCUGUAGGAUUCAUCUCCAUUCAGCUAGAUCAGUGGAGCCCAGCAUUUAUGGUGCCUGAUGCCUGCAUGGUCAGCGAGAUCCCCCUUGACGCUCAUGCCCACAUCCUGCCCAGAGCAGGCGCUGUCGCCACAGUUCCUCCUACAGCUCUGGUUCCCUAUCAAACCCUGUUCCUGACAGAUGAGGAGAAGCGUCUGCUGGGGCAGGAAGGAGUUUCCCUGCCUUCUCAUCUGCCCCUCACCAAGGCAGAGGAGAAAGUCCUUAAGAAGGUCAGGAGGAAAAUCCGCAAUAAGCAGUCGGCUCAGGACAGUCGGCGACGGAAGAAAGAGUACAUCGAUGGACUGGAGGGCAGGUCUGUUUGGACUCACAUUUGUCCUCCUGGGGAUCAUGUCUCAGUCCCCUUCUUCACUAAGGCACAUAUGUGUGGGGGUCUCACACGACUGCAAGCCUUGUCCUACUUGUUCAUACUCCCCAGGGUGGCUGCCUGCUCUGCACAGAACCAGGAACUACAGAAAAAAGUCCAGGAGCUGGAGAGGCACAACAUCUCCCUGGUGACUCAGCUACGCCAACUGCAACUGCUUAUUGCUCAGACUUCCAACAAAGCUGCCCAGACCAGCACUUGUGUUCUGAUCCUUCUUUUUUCCCUGGCUCUCAUCAUCCUCCCCAAUUUCAGUCCCUUUCAGGGGCUACCAGAAGCUGGGCCUGAGGACUACCAGCCUCACGGAGUGAUUUCCAGAAAUAUCCUGACUCACAAGGACAUGACAGAGAAUCUCGAUGUUCCGAGUGAGAAAUCACUUGGGCCCAAGAGUGCCAAUGGCUCAACAAGGACACUUUCUGAGAUGGGAGGGGAGACAAGUCCUAGUGGGCAUGUCAGAAGUGUGCAGCAUGCUGAUGAGAUGUGAGCUGGAAACCUUCCUGGCCCAAUUCCCAAUAAGGAAUUUAAGCUCAUGAAGAGCCCAGAGCUCAACAGUAGUUCUGCCCCACUCACCCUCACCCUCCUUCAAUUACCAGCCUGGGUCUAUAGCCUGUGAAGACUGAAUCAUUUCAGGGCACACCAAGCUGUCACUUGAGGCCCAUUCUGCUUAUGUGAAGGGUACCUCAAAAUUUUGGUUAUGUGUUAUCUGUGAUUUUAUUUGGGGGUAUAAGUUUUAGCUGAGAAAUAAACUUUCUUCUUGAAAUUA